GUGCCCUCCUAAAUCGUAUUAAAUUCAAGCAACUGCAGCAUUGACGAAUUUAUGCAAAACUUCUUCCUCUUUCAGUGUAUAUCAUUUUUUCCUGUCCUCAGAUCUCUUCUCCUCAACGAAUGAAGCAACUCUCAUUGAUACCUCUAGUAUUAAUACAGCUUCUGUUGUUUACUCUCGUCGUCAGAGGCUAUAAGACUAUUAUCGAUGUCCUAUCAGAAGACGAACGUUUUUCAACCCUAAUUACUCAUUUACAACAUACCCGCCUGAUACCCUACAUUAACAAUUUAGAAGCUGGCACUUUUUUCGCUCCUGAUAACGCUGCAUUUUCAAAACUUAAGGAUGAUACGUUCAUCACCCGAAAUAUACUACUUUACCAUUUACUACCGAAGCAAUAUGCAACUGCCGAUUUUGAGAAUGGGCAAAUAUUAGAAUCAAGUUAUGUUCGACCUCAUUUCUUGGGCAAUGACGAAACAGGUCAACGGCUGAAAGUAACUAAACGAUUCAAUCAGUUCUUUCACAUUAAUGAUGCUCGAAUCAAAGACCGUGAUAUUUUUGUAAAUAGAAAUACGACUAUAAAUGUAGUAGACCGAGUGCUUGAACCACCUGAUAUACUUUCAAAUGUGUUACAAAAGUUAGAUAAGAAGUUAUUCGAAUUACUGGUCAGAACAGGUGUUGAUGAAGUUAUCAACCAAGAAAGGCCAUUCACAGCCUUUGUAUCGAAGAAAAACAUACUGGAUAAAUUUCAGGAUAUAGAACAGAAAUACCUCACCUCUAAAUAUGGUCUGGAUGAUUUGAAGCAUAUAGUUCAAUAUCUUGUUAUACCCAAAGCUAUUUUUUUGAAUAAUCAUAGUAUUGGAGAAACUACAUAUACAUCAGAAUCUGGAGAGAAGUUGACAAUAAGUGUAAGCAAGUAUGGCAAAGACAAAGUGAAUGAAUUUCAAGUGCUUGAAAAGGAUAUCUUGGCUGCGAACGGUGUUAUCCAUGUCCUUGAAGACUUGCCUUACGCUAAUACUUUGUCUUUUGAUACAAGAAAAUACUUACUUGGCUUAAAUGCUACUAAGUUUGUUUCAUUAAUGAAUGAAUUUGGACUUGGAAAAUACAUUGAAAAAGAAACGCAAAACGUAACAAUUCUCACUCCUCCAAACGACGUGAUUUCUGAGGACGAUAUCCCAAACAGUCAUAAAGAACAAUGGCUCAGUUAUCAUGUAAUCGAGGGUGUUUGGAACCCAUCCGAUUUAAUUGAUCGCAUGUUGUUAAAAACAAAAUAUAACGCAGCUGAGCUGCGUAACUCACCUCAACGUCUGCAAGUCAGAGUGAGUGGCCAUCGAGUUCCUGAUGACUAUUCAAUGUUGUCUAAACCCAUCUAUUUUGGUGAUCAUUCAAGAAUCAUAACGAAUAACAUGUCUAUUUGCGGCAACGUUAUUUAUAGUAUAUCAGAUCCGUUGACUCUUCCAACAGAUUUAAUCACUCGUCUCGUCAUUGAUUUGGACUUUUCUACAUUUAUUGCCACAUUGUAUGUUUCUGGGGUUGUGGAAGAGAUAAAAGAAGCAAAAGCCAUCACUUUAUUUGCUCCAACCAAUGAAGCUUUCAAAAGCUUGGGGCUUGUUUCAAGAUAUCUUGUUCAUCCUGCUGGUAAAGCAGAUUUACGUCGUGUCCUAAAAUAUCAUAUUGCCUCCUCUCCUCUUUAUUAUCAAGAUUUAUUAGGUGAUAUACUUGAGGUGACAACACUAGCUGGCAAUGAAACCAUGUUUAUCAACGGCAAUAACAAUGACAAUAAUGUUUGGAUCGGUACUACAGCAGCAGCUGGCGAUAAUGACCAAGCAAUUUUCGAAGAUGAACGUGGUGUUAUCCAAGACUAUGAUUAUUUAAUUUCAAAUGGCGUUGUUCACAAAGUCGAUCAUCUUCAAAUUCCUGCUAGUGCCAAUAUCACUCAGUAUAAUAUAUUGCGUGGCAUCAAUGCGAAUAUCAUGUUGAACAUCUUGGAAAAAACCAAUUUGUUACAUACUGCGGAUUUCAAGAAUAGUAUUGUAUUAGCCCCCACCGAUAAUGCAUUUGAAAGCAUCAAUCUGGAAGAAUCAUGGAAUGACAUGGAUAAACUUACCAAGCUCGCUAAAUUACACAUUAUUCCUCAGUCAAAUGGACGCAAGCGUUGGUUUUUAUUCCCAUUGUUUGGAGAUCACAUUUUUGACACAAUGCUUUCGUCACAAGACAAGAUUGUGUUCCGUGAUCUUGGUUAUGGUGUUAGUAUUGUAAGAGUUAAAGGAAAGCCUUAUGGUACGCAUGCACGUGUGUUAGAUACUGGCCGUGUUAGCGUAGGUGAUCGCAGUGGUGGUGUAAUAGAAAUUGAUAGCGUUUUAUUACCAAUUGAAAGAGGCCUUUUUGGACUACCUUGGCUCUGGUCCUUCGUGAUCCUUUUGUUUAUUUGGGUCGUUGCGCUUUCAAUAAUCAUCGUGAGCAGUCUGAUCAUAUAUAAAAAAUGGAAACGGAAUAGAGAUGGUUAUGAAACAAUUUUAGAUAGUUCUGAAGAUACUACGAAUAGUAGCAAUAAUGUUGAAAAUAGCUGAGAGCAUCUACAUGUUACACUUUUAACAUAUAAAAACUAAUAAAAUCAACAAGUGCUAUCGAUGAAUUUUGACUAUGAGAGUGUCAUCGAAAAAGCUACAUAAAUGGAAAACUGGC